CGUGAUGUUGCGCACACAUCAUCGUAUGACUUCUUGCUUUAGAACCACAAUGAAGAAAUAUUUAUUCCUCUUACUAUGGGCAAACUUCGUUGGAAUUCAUGGAGAAGAGGCCUUCACAUGUGACAAUACUGGUGAAGAAUGUCCCUCAAAAAUGUGUUAUUAUGGUAUCGACCAUGAACAUAGUUGUUAUCGGGCUGGUUGUGCCACCGAAGAACAGUGCGCUGGACGACGGCAUAAUGAAUGUUUUAUCUCGAAAGGAUUGCACACAUGUUGCUGUAUGGAACGUGGAUGUGCAGCUAGCUACAAAGGUCAAAACGAUUGCGUUUACGAGACGAAAAACAGCAGCGAUACUGGCAUUACGACGACAUCAGCUGCAGAUGUGACGACGACGAUGGAGGCGACAAACUCUACUGAGAAGAUAGAUCGAUUGGCAACGGAGAAUGACAGCUCCUCUAGAAUGAGAGAGGUUCCACCGAUGUCAGAGGAAGAUGAUUAUUCGGAUUCUGUGGGUGCAGAAUCUGAAGAGGAACAGGAAGCGAUUACAAGUACAGAGAAGGAAACUGCUACAUCAGCAGUGACUACGACUACCUCCACUACCUCCACAGAGGCUUUACCUACCUCAACCCCCGUGAGAGAAACAAGUACGACAACGGUAACCACGACAAGGGCUACCAGGCCUCCUCCGCCACCGUCGACUACCACUCAAACCACCACCACCACCUCUCCCACCACCUCCACCACCUCCACCACCUCCACCACCUCCACUACGACCACUACUACGCAAACGAAGACUACGACCACGACCACAACACCCAGACCCACGACUCGAACCACCGAAAGGACGACAACGACGCCGAAAAUGGAGGAAAUUCGCUUCUUACCAGAUAUGCCACAUGUACAGCAACUGCCCGAAUCCGAAGAGGAAACCACUACGAGAAGGCCGACAACCACGACUUCUACGAGAGCGACGACUGCGACCAGUACGACUCCCACGACCACCACCUCAGCUGAGCGAAGAGUACCAGUGCUUGAAAGAGCUCGCGAGAUAGAGCCAGCUAGGGCGGAAAAAUCUAAAUUUAUCUCCGCUGCAGCGAAAAAUGACGAUGUGGCCGAUCGUUCAGUGUCUGAGAGCGAAAGCAGUACUCAGGCAAACGAUGACAAGAGAUCUUCUCCAUCCUUGAUUACCGUAUAUGAAGUGACGACGUCAGCUGUGAAAAAUAGAGAGGUUCAUGAGACAUAUAAGCCACCCGUGCCAUGGUGGGUUGCCGUUGCAGUUGGAUUUAUCGUGUCAGUGGUAAUCGCAUGGGCUGUGGUGAUUCUGCUGCGAAAAAGAAAGCUACGAGAAGCCGAAGCUGCGAACAGAAAGUCAACCGAUAAGGAAGCGGCUGUUGUAGAUCCAUUGUUAAAACCAUCGGAAGUCCCAGAGCAUUAGCGUCUUCCUCCAAAAGUGCUUUUCUUCUUUCACGAAUUGCCAUAGAGGCUGUUUUAUCGAACUUUCUGCAUUAUGUACCUGCCGAUGUAAUUCUAUGUUGUUGUUGUGAUUAUUUAAUAACGUUAGCUUUGAGCUUCUGUGAUAUGCAGAUUUAUUUUUGGCAUUGUGUGUAACACGUAAUUCUCUGACAUCUCCCUAUACUUGCAUUCAGCUUUAUUAGUGACCACGUUCGUCAUAUCGUUUCUCAGAAUCAGGUUCGAAAGAACUGAGAAUGUGUUUGAGAAC